AGAUGAGAUCAUAGAAGAAUUCUAAUGAGGAAUGUUAAUAAACAAUCUUUGAAGAGACACAAAAGACGGUUAAAUAUAAUUAUGGCUCAUGAAAAUGGAAAAGGCUGUUGUAUUUCUGAGGACCAUUAACAUCUCUAUGGUUGGUCGUGACUUCACCACAAGAUGGAGUCAUUUCCACCCUAGCUUGACUGGAUUAGCAGCGGUACUUCUUGCUUCUACAUCAGCACUCAUUAUACAGAAAGUUAUUGUACAGAAAUGCCUACUUUGAACUUAAAACGUUAUCAAGUCAUAGGGAACAUUUGUUUUGAACUCACUUUUUAAACCUAUUCCAGUCCAGUCUUUGUUUCAAGUCUUACCAUUGCCACUUCAGGACGAGAUGGAGUAUAAAUCAAAUUUUACCUGCUCUUAUUUUUUUCAUGGGCCUAAAUCUUUUUUUAUGCAGUAAUGUGUUUUUUCUUCAACUUUGACUUCACUAAGUAAUAGAAGGGUUAGGGUUAGUAAAGUAAAGCAAACAGCUCAGAUUCUUGAAUAUAUUCUCAUAUGUUUAUAUAAUAGACAAAAUCAGUAUAGACCUGAGGAGAGCUCUAUGCUCUGCAAGUCUUGUGCAGUCUUUCUCCAUCCCUUUGCUGGGUGGAAAUCCACUAGUCAGUAAUCACCCAACUCACCCUCCAACACAUUAACUGAAUACAGUUCACCGUCGCCCUGCAUGCUGUCGUGCUUGCUGGUUUUAAUUGCUUUCCCCGGGCCUGUGAACUCACACCAACCUAAGCUCAGCUAUAUGUCGUCCAUGUCAGCGUAGGUGGCCGUUUCUGCUGGGGGUUUUUUGCACCCUCCACUGCGGGCCGUCCAACUGCCUCCCCCAACCCCCCGCCGGCAUGGCGAUUGUUGCCAGGGCAAUAGUGAGUGCAGGGGGCUGGUGGAGGACUGCCUGGGUUGCUCUGCGCUGUGAUGGAUAGCCAGGCCCCAUUUACAUGAGAAGAGCAGGGGAACGGGCAUGAAUAGAGGGACUUUCAAUCUGCUUGUCUCCGAGGACUUUCUCCACGACCAACCCCCCAUCUUUUUCUUUGUGCGACCCUCCUCCGUUUCUUCACCGCGCCUUUUCUUCUCUUGAACCCCCUCACUUCAUUUUCUUUUGCCUCAUUGCCUCGGAUCUGUCUUGCCCAGUUCUUAUGUUUAUAAUGCUGCCUCUUUCAAACCCACUCACUCUGAGGGUAUUAUUUGCCUACUUUAAGUUUGAUUUGAUUGUCACCCCAACACCAGUAGACAUAAAUAUGUUUCCUCUCUGUCCCCUCCUCAUCUUCACAAUAAGGACAUGGCUGACACAAUGGAACAGGCGCACUCCAUACGUACACAAAACUGAGCUAAACUGGAUAAUAGGUGUAUUAUUCCAGACACAGGAGCCAGGGCACAUUCAUUAGGUCUGAUAUUUAGACUGUGACAGACAUCUUAGACAGAGUCUUCUAGAAGACAUGGGGGUUAUUGUACUGAACAGCAGAUAGUAUGACACUAAACCCCCGUAAAGGCACUGUGCAGAAGAUUUGAUGCACAUUAACAUACUUGUUCAAGCAGGGAUGAACAAACCAUCGGGUAGAUUCAACUGAUGGAUGUCUAUGGGUGCACACUUACUUACAAUAGAGGUGUAAAGUGAGGACUAUAGAAACUAACAGUGGCCUAGUUGGGGGAUUAUCUGUGUCCAUCAGGUCCCCUCUGGAGCCUUGACACCCAGGUACUCUGGAUGGAGUAGCUAGAGUUGAUGCUAUCAACAACAGUUUUUUUUAAGCCUGGUUUAUCAUGUAGAGCUGUUUUUCCCCGUAAUUCAGUAAACAGCCAAUUUAAAACCAUAACAAAUAUUUUUUUUGACUUCACUUCACUUAAGAAAUCCAAGACUCCAAAACAAGUCUUGGUUUAGUCAAUAACAGAUCUACAACUGAGAAAAUACGGUUUAUAAAUUGGGACUUAAAAGUUGUGUUGAGGCAGGUUCCCCUCCCUCCGUCAGCCCUCCUCCAUUCACUCAAGUGCAUUCCAAAUUCACCGCACCCCUUCCUUAGUGAUGUAAAUGAGCAAGGUGGAGGAGAGGAGUUGAGGCCAAGCAGGGAAGACAAGCUCUGUUUCCUCACUAUCCUGAGCAGCACACUGGAAGACAGUUCUCCUUCUACUGCAGAUCACUAAACAUUUACAGACAGCUUCAUAAUGACUUUGUUUUGAGAUUUUCACAUUUACAUUCUUAAAACAGGCUUCUUUUUUCCCUUUACAGCUUAACUUCGUUAUUUUCUGCGAACUUUAAAGGGCAAAACUUUGACAGUAUAAAGCAAUACUGUCUGAAAAAGCCUGCCACUCCGAAUUGCGCGAGUGCGGAACUGCGUUUACUUCUGCGUCUAAUUUCUAGUGAUAUUGACAACAUGUACAACAUGCUGGAGCACCAAAUGAAGUCGUCGGUCCAGACGCACCAGCCAGGACCUGGGAUGAUCCCUGGCAACGGACCAGGUCUGGGUGGCGCACACACAGGUAGCAAGACCACAGCCUGCCCGCCGGGCUCUGACCCCAUGGACAAAGUCAAACGGCCCAUGAACGCCUUCAUGGUCUGGUCUCGAGGCCAGCGGAGAAAAAUGGCUCAGGAGAAUCCCAAAAUGCACAACUCUGAGAUCAGCAAGCGCCUGGGUGCCGACUGGAAGCAGCUGACGGAUGCGGAGAAGAGACCCUUCAUCGACGAGGCCAAGAGGCUGCGGGCCCAGCACAUGAAGGAGUACCCCGACUACAAGUACAAGCCCCGCCGCAAGACCAAGCCCAUGCUGAAGAAGGACAACCUGGUCAACAACUACAUGAGUCCUGGCAUGCUGAGCUCCCCCACAGCUCAGGGGGCCGGGGCUAACCAACGGAUGGACAGCUACGGCUGGGGCCCGGCGGGGGGGUACACCGGGAUGCAAAACGAAGCGCUCAGCUACACCCAGCAGCUGCACCGCUACGACCUGUCAGCACUGCCGUACCCCUCGGGCAUGGCCUCAGCUCAGGCUUACAUGAACGGAGCCAACUCAUACAGCCCCAUGUCCUACAGCAGCAGUCCCCAGCAGCACAGCCCGGUGAUGAAACCAGACAGCAUGGCCCACUCCCCGACAGGCGGCCAUCCCCACGCCCACCAGAGGGGCCUGCAGGGGGACCUGAGGGACAUGAUCAGCAUGUACAUGCCACCCGGCGAGUCCACAGACCCCAACGGUCAGAGAGGCUACUCAAACAUCCCCCAGCAUUACCUCGGAGGCUCGGUACCUCUGACUCACAUCUGAGAGGCAGGAUUCGAACCUUGGGAGGUGCUUGGAAACUUUCACGGUAAUUUUCAGUCUUUAGCACUGGCCUGUGAUUGGCUGUGGGCCGUCUGGCAGGGUUUCACCAAGAGGCCGAAGAGAAAGAGAGAGAAAACGAUGAUCCCUCACCAAAUGAAGGAUGGGAUGGUGAAUGUUUUCAUGACGAAUAAACCUAUUUUUAUGUUUCGCUCAGUGUCGGAGGAUAUCCUCUUGACUGAUAAAGGGCAAAAGGACAAAUUAACGCCAAGCAGAGAAUCCACAAAGAGGCCCCGUUUGGGUAAACAUUUCUAACAGCCUGGGCUCACUGGAGACUGGUCCAACCUGCCAUGUCUGAACUCUCUGAACUGUCAGAGACAUUGACAAUCCCAAGUGUUGCACUCAAAUGUCUUUGCAAAAAAAUAGUAAAUUGCCCCAAAAUGGGUCUAUACUUGGUGUAAUUUAUAUUAAACAACAGCUGAAUACAGUUCUGUUUCCAAAUGAUGAUGAACUUUUGUUUGUUUGGUGAUUUUAUACAUGUUUAGCUGUAGUUCAAUACUUUGUCAAAUAUAGCCCAGGCUAUUGUAAAAUAAAACACAUUUCUUUUUUUUCCAAACCCCCUUACACUAAGGGCAUUGCUGUAUGAAGUAACAUGAUGUCACUGGUGUAAUAAAUACAUACAAUUAUUUCAUUUGAAUUACUUUACUGCCACACCACUUGCCGAUUGGGUCUGUAUUCAAAACCAUCCAGGUCUUAGUACUAUUAAAGUACUGAGGGAGAAAAUGAACCAGCUGAAAUAAUAUCUACUACAACACCCAAGUGUUUAAGAUAAAUCUGUUAUAUAAGCCGUGUUCAAAAUAAAUAGUCCGGUAUUACUAAAAUAGUGGAAUUUUAAGCUAUUAGUGUUUCUCCAACAACGGAGAGACUCCUGGGUGACAGUUAACAGUAAUAGCAGCGGCCUAACCUUAGGAGAACUACUUAGCACUGCUACAUACUGGAGCAAUUCCACGAACUGGGGGUAUACAGAGUACAGCCAGAGGAAACAUGAACAAGGCACUUUAAACAUCUCACUUUCCACUUCUGCCCGCUCUUUUCCUCUGCCCGCUGACACAAUAGACAAGUGGCUGUCCAGACCAUAAUUACCCGUUUCGGAAAACUCAUUGUUGGAUGUCUUUGAGCAUGCAGGUGCACACAGUAAAACCCUGGUUCUCAGCGUUUCUGACGGCUGCCUUUGUCCUCCUCUCUCUGGAUAUCCCAUGGGGCAGAAAAUUAGCAUCGCAUUGAGGGCCUCGUCUUUCUUAUCCUAUAGUCCGAGCUUAACCCUUUCACUGCUCCCUGCCAUUCUCAUGCUAAUGCGAAGGCCUUGUCAGCACUGCCUGGUUUGUCCUGGGAAUGUGGCAGAGCAACCAAUGAUGUGAGUGCAUCUAUAUACAGACACUAGGGUUGUUAUAAACCUUUAACCAAGUGGCACAACAUGACAAUAACGUACUUGUUACAAAAAUAAAUGUGUAAAUAAAAAGUUAGCAUCACUACAAGAAAUUGUUAUAUAGUAAAAAAGUAUUUGAAAAAUAAAGAAGUUUAUGCAUUACAAUUUCUUUUUAGGGUAUGGACAGGUUUUUCUACAUAGUAUAGGAGAGGAAAUUUAAUGAACAGCCAAGCAAGUCCUACAACUUCUACUGACAUGGUGGGGACAACAUGAGGUGUGUUGUGGCGGUUUGAUGCGAGAAGGCGGGCAGCCCAGUCUGGAAGCUACGCCUCACUGCCAUGUGACAAGAGGGGGCUGGAUGGGCAGCAUAUUUGAUCCCAGCUGUAAACAGUCACCCAUGACUGGGGCAGUUUUCUGUCACGGUUGACAAGAUGGAAGCCGUUUGACUGUGUGUGUGGCACUGGGGAGGUGUGAUGAGGAGAUAGAGGGAUGUGUUUUGUCUGGAACAAUCUCUACUACUCCUGCCGACUACCAUGUAGAUAGUGUGAUCUUAGAUUGGGGCCACAGCUUUAGUCCAAGUUAUCCAGACCUUAGACUGGUUAACUUGGGAAGCAUCACAACAUUACUGAGUGAAUGGUGUGUGUGUGUGUGUGUUUGUAACUUGGCAUGACAGUUCCAACCCUACAUUACAGAAGUCAACAACAUGCACAACACAAACUUUUUAACACACAACAUACUCUACACAGCAGCAUCUCAACAUGACUCUGCUCCUGAGCGAACGGUGUGUGUGUGUGUGGAUUGCCUGCCCCAUUUUACAGCUCUUUGUCUCCUCAUACAACACAGGCCCUACAAAAUCUAGGUCAAGAAGACAACUACACACACACACACACGCACACAACUCUGAAAGACACAUUUGGGUGUCAUUCAGAUUCUUGUUGACCAAUUCCAUUUGUAAACUGGCUCAGUUUAUUUGGCUAUGUUGUUUUAUAUAGUUAAAUCUUGAGUUCUGAAGACUUUCGACAGUACAAAAGAACAUUCCUCACAGAAAACAUCCCUUCAAAUUGGGACAUUGACUCAAGUCACAAAAAGUGAAACUUGUCUUUAGAUGAGUCAUUCAGGUUCCCUAGAUUGCCUCCCACACAGAGAUGA